AUGUUGUUGCUUCAUGGAGGGAACAAUGCUCCACCAAUGAACAACCUUCUGAACCUAAGCGAAUCGGUGAAGAAUGACAUCAUGACAGCAGAAGGCAUCCUGCUGCUUGUCUUAGUUGUCAUACCUGGGACAGUGCUGCUGUGUAAGAAAAAAUCUAAGCUGCAGCAGUCUCUUCAAAUUCAGUACCAGAAGGAUGAUGGAGAAAAUAUAUAUGAGGGCCUGAAUCUGGAUGAGAGAUCCAUGUAUGAGGACAUCUCCAGAGGAUUGCAAGGCACAUAUCAGGAUGUUGGAAGCUUCCAUACCUCAGAAAUCCAGCUGGAGAAACCAUGACAAUGCAUCAAUGAUCUAUGUCUGAUUAUGAAAGGAACAUGCUUGCAUACCAAUGUUGCAUUUUCAUGUGUACCACAGGGUACAAGUACCUGGCUUUUCAAUUAUCACAGCAACAUUAUCUAUCCACUUAUGUGUUAGAUAAAUGUUUUCCCUUCCUUUUCUGUUCUUGCAUUCUUGAAUAAUGACUUGUUUCUUCUGUACACUUUUAUGCCGUUUCCUGUAUUUUAUACUAGGGUUUGCACAAUUCAGACGGCGAGAUCUGAACAUGUGUCAAUGAAAUGUGAGAUUUUGUAGGAAAAUUCAUGUCC